CAUUACUGUAAAUAGAAAUUCAGUAUGUAUGUGAUCAAGUAAGACGCAGGACGUCUUGUCAUCAGUUUUUAGCAAAAAAAUACUGCAGUAUUCCAUAAUCUGGAGUUUUUAAUAAAACCAAGUUAACAAACUGACAGAAUAGAUAUUUAGAUAAAUAUCACAACAAUGGCAUCGCCAAUAUUAAAUCCGGAAAUUCCUUAUGUCGGUGAAGUGUCCGGCGGUUUAUCACCAGGCAAGAUGUUGAAAGUUCAUGGAUCAACAUCCCCAGACGCUGUGCGAUUCGCAAUAAACUAUCAGUUGGGCCCAAAUAUAAAUCCACGUGAUGACAUUGCCCUCCACUUGUCACCACGAUUCCAAGAUGGUUUCAUUACAAGGAACCACAUAAACUCAAUGUCCUGGGGACCUGAAGAAAACAGCGGGUCUAUGUGGAUACAACCUGGUCAGGAAUUCGAGAUAAUUAUCCUCUGUGAGCCACUGCAGUAUAAAAUAGCCAUCAAUGGCAGACAUUUUACUCAAUUUGCUCACCGAUUACCUUAUCAGAAAGUAACACAUCUUGUAAUUGAUGGUGAUGUUGAAAUAAAAUCAAUUCAUUUUGAAUCUAUCGGUGCCCCACCUUCAGCUAGAGUUGCUUCUGCGCCUGAUGUACCUGCUCCUGAUUUUGGAGCACCUGGACCAGGAGGAUUGUAUCCUAGUUUGAAACCAGAUGCGCCACCAUCGGGUGGCUACGGCCAUCCUGGUGGUUAUGGACCACCUCCAGAUGCUUAUGGUGGUUCAGGAGGUUACAAUCCACCUAGAGCAUACGGUUAUCAGCCGGGUUACGGACAACCCGAAGAAGAAGAAGAAGCAUUUGGUGGCUGUCUAGACAAAGUUGGAUUAGCUGUCGGUGGAUUAAUUGCUGCUGGAGGUGUUGCUGCUGCUAUGCACGCUUACAAUAAAAAGAAGCACGAGCACGAUGAGCCGGAGCAUGAAAAAUCCGAUUCCUCAAAAACUGAAAGUGAAGGCAGUGGAUUGAAUUUGGGUGCUCUAGGUGCCGCGUUAGCUAGUAGUCUUGCUGCUAAUGCUCUUCAAGGUGACAUGGGCCGUGGACAGCAUCAAGGAUAUCCUGCACAAGAGAGUGGAGGCGGUGGGAUGCUUGGAUCUCUUCUCGGCGCACUUGGCGGAGGAGGUCAUCAUCAGCCAGCAGCACCUCCACCCCUACCAGUUGAUCCAAUGGGAGGAUUUGGAUCCAUUCUCAGCGGUGUCCUUGGGGGUGGUGGUGGACAUCAACAGCCUUCAGGAGGAUAUCAACCUACCGGAGGUUACGGUUCCCAGAAUCAAGGAUCAGGAGAUUUAUUAAGUGCUCUCGGGUCGUCUUUAUUCAGCUCAGCUCUAGACGGUCUCUCUAAGCACAAGUCACAAGAUAAUCAUCCGUCACAACCACCGCCGCCGGCAUAUCAUCAGAGCUACGGUCCUCGGAAUGAUCCGCCUUCACCACAGCCGCCUCGACGCGCUCCUACAUCACCGCCUGCAUCAGGUGGGAAAUUAUCUGCCGCUGAAAUUUCCAAAGGACUUGGACUCAGUGACGAUGAAGAAUAAAAUAUAUAUUAUAUUCAUUUAAAACAAAUAUAUAUCAUAUAUUAAUAACUAAUUGUUCAAAUCGUGCUUCUAUUAACGGCGAUAAAAUUUUAAAACGUCACCGCAAGCUUCGUAAGUAAAAAUUUUAUUAGGUAGAACAUAAUUGUAAAAAUGAGAAUCUCAAGUGAGAUAACGAUCAAUACGGUACAAUUUUUAUUUUUUUUAAUUGAUUUUAUUUUAUACGCACAAUUUAUUUAUUGCUUACAAAAUAAUGAAUUAAAAUUAAAAAAUAUUAAAAUAUAGCAGCUAAUUAAAUACAGAUUAGGAUUUAUCAAAAAAAAUGUUAUAUUUUUUGAUAGAUAAAUAUUGUUGUUGUGGCCUUAAUAAAUUAUUUCGUCAAUUCGUUUUAAAAAUAUAAUAUAUAGUUUAUUGAAAGUAUAUAAUAUACAUAAUAAAUAGUUAUGGUAUAAAAUAUUUUAAAAUUAUUACAAGUAAGAUAUGUCAAAAAAUAAAUACAUGCAUUCAGCUAAAUAUUAUUUACGUAUAUAUUUUAUUUUUAAAAAAUUACAAAAUAUAUAAAAAAUUUCAAUGGCAUUAAAUUUUUGAAUCUGUAGCUAGUGAAAGAAGUUUAAAUAAAAUUAAUGAUUGGUAAUUUAUGAUAAAGUUAUGCUACAACUUAAAUAAAAUAAUCUCAAGUAUAAAUAUUAAAAUAUAUAAAUAAUUACUUUCAUUUACUUAGGCUUUGGUUUUAUUUUUAAUUUACAUCGAGGACUUCCAUUGACGAAUUGACUUCCAAACUCGGUUCCGGUCUCUAAAAUAAAUAAUUAUUUAUACGAAAAAAAACUUAACGUUAAUUAAAAAUUACAUUAUUACUUUAUUAAUUACUAAUUAUGAAUCAAGUCUCACGAACAUCAUCAGCUUUUAACGCUUCCAACUCUUCUUUUUUUUUUCUAUUGAAGAAGCCAACUCUUACUAAAAUAAUAGUCAGAAUAAUGAGCAAAAUUAUACCGAGAACAACAGACAGGGCAAUUAUCCAAACAGCAACGGGUUUAGCUAUCGGUGAACCAACAAAAGUUGUGCCUAUUCCAACAUAGUCUGAUUUAUCAUCAUUUAUUUGAAUAAUAUCCGCCGGUAAUGUUAUAUUAGCAUGCCCGUUAGAUACAAAAUAAAUAACAUCUUUUCCGUCCAAUAUGUUUCCUGCAAAUAAAAUAAAAACAGUAUCAGAUCUUUGUAACAGAUCUGCACCUGAAAGUUAAAAUUUUUUCCUGUUUAUGGAAAAAUUACACAUGCGGUAAUUUUUAUCAUUCAUUUUCUCAUAGGAGAGAAUGAUUUUCUUCCUUCUAAACAGGGCAGGAAUUUAAACUUUGGCGCAGGUUUGGUAAAAAUAUAAAUUCAGAUAAAAUAAAAAAAUUACCAUCGAAGUUUUUUAAUUUCAAGUCUAGUGUAAAUGUAACUUCUGCAAUUGUUGAUGAAUUUAAUGGUGUUUGCAGCACACAAUAAAAACUAGUACAGAUGAUUGAAGGAUUUGAACAGUUUAUGUAAAAUGUACGAUCUUCCGUAAGAAUAUUCAAAAGAUUAUCUUUCGUAAUAACGUUUUCAAUAGAAUUAUUGUUGCCAAGGCCAGUUCUAUUUUCGACAAUUCCUUCAGAACAAAAGGAAUUGUAUGUAUUUAUCAUUGUUUUGGGUAACGAUAAUUCUGUUCGAUUAAUUGUCGCUAUCUCAAGAGUAUUUUUUUCAUCUAUUAUUAAAUGGGUCGGUAUUAAAACUUUAAGUACCGAUUGUUCGAUAGACGUGGCUCCAAAUUUACGAACUUCAUAAACGUGUUCAAAUCUGAUGAUAUCCGACGUACUUUCUGUGCCAUUAAAAAAUGAAUACAAGUCUUCUUGUGCUUUUCUGUAAGUAAUUUUCAUUAUUUUUAAAAAAUCUUGUAACAAAAGAUAUUAUUUUUAAAACUAAAACUUACCCAGCUACUGCAAUAUCAACAUCGACAUCAAAGAAAAUUUUUAAACUUACAGAACUGUUAUCCUUAUUUAUAUUUUCACUUUGUGUAAUUACAUUUAUUAAUAAAUCUGUUUGUUUUUUAUCACUAUUUACUUGA